UCCCUGGUUGAGUGCUAGUCUUGAUAACUUGAGAACUUCAAGCUUGCACGCACAUCCACGAUCUUCGGCAACUACCAGACCAAAUCACUGUAAUCACAAAUGAAAACUUGUGCUUCAACCCCAUUUGAUCACGCUAAGGCUGACAUUAUUUUGCGAUCAGCGGAUGGUGUCGAGUUUCGAGUCUUCACACUCUUCCUCUCCCUUACAUCUCCGCUCUUCGAGACGUUGUUGUGCCUCCCUCGGACAGCUGGUGGAGCCACUGGCACCGAUCAAGAGAUGAAGGAUGGUCUAGCUGUCAUUGCAGUGUCUGAGGACGGCAAAACUCUGGACUCAUUUCUUAGGUUUUGCUAUCCAUCAACGCUGGCGGAGGAUCCUUCUCUCGAGAACCUAACAGAUGCCUUGCCUGUUCUUGCAGCUGCGAGGAAGUAUUCACUAGACCUGAUUGAGAGAAAAGUAUGUCAGACCCUGGUGAAUCCCAAAGUUCUCGAGACAGAGCCCCUUCGCUGCUUUGCCAUUUCCAGGAAUGCACGACUUAAACAUGAAACCAUCAUUGCCGCCAGACACACCUUGCGCCAUCCCUUAAUUCCAGCGAGGUGUGCAGAGAUCGACCUUAUCACCGCACCCGACCUUCUUGCGCUGCUAACAUACCACAAAAAAUGCAGUAUCGCCGUACAAUUCAUAUCACGGGACCUCAGCUGGAUGGCACAUCAUUAUCGCAAUCACAAUGGCUGUAAAUGGCUAUUUUGUCCAGAGAACUGUCGCUGCGGACGGGGUGACGACAGACGAUUCUUUCUAUGGGGUGAGGGUACAAUUACAUGGUGGAUGACAUAUAUGCAGGAGGUAUCCGAGUUGUUGAAUGAUUGCCCAUCCGGCGACACUGUGAGGGGUGCAGCGGACAGGACGGUCGAAAAGGUCAGAGCUGCAAACUGUACCGCCUGCUCUGGCCAGGUGAAGGAAAAUAUGGCAGAGUUCAGCAGCUUGUUUGCUCAGAAAGUUGAAGAGACAGUUAAAUAUAUUUAUCUGGAGAUGGACUUUUGAUUAUCCUCAUCCACAAAGGGCACGCGCAUUGCAGUAUGGUUCUUUGCGGUGGCAG